AUGGAUUUUGAUUCAGAAAGUAAUGGGCGGGGCAACUUGCUCGAAGCUGUUGAACAUUUGGAAGCCGUUGCUUUCGUCCCUGCCAAGCAAAGAUAUACCGAUGCUGGAGAGUUGGCUAAAAUGAUUGCGUCAAAAGCAUAUGAGAGCGGCAUUUCACCUGAUGCGCUGGGCCGGUUGUUGAAGAUCCUAACAACUAAAAAUAAUCUUGACCAAGGUACUACUACCACGUUGAUCAAGAACCUGUACCCACAGGACAGGAUCACACCCAAGCAUGUCACACGGAUCAUAUCAUCCCUGGGUCCAAGCAAGUCCAAACCCAGCCCGGCGACGCAGUCCCUGCUUGUCCGCUGGCUGAUUCUCACAUAUGAAUUUCUCGAUGACAAAUCUCAUCUUGGAAAGCUUUAUGCUGUCUUGUUCAAUCAUCUUGACAUGAUUAGUUUACGGAAGCCGCUGUGCCAUCUUCUCUCGCUGAUUACGAGAAGAAAACAUGUGAAGCCAUUCCGCAUCCAGGCGCUGAUGGAGCUAAUUCAGAAUGCGGGUGGAGAAGAUAAAGAACUGGUGACUCUGCUCAAGAUCUUCAAAAACUAUUAUCCUGAGAUCAUCAUUGGGGAUGUAGGCGGGUCCAGGAGGGCCGCUCUGUUCUUCAAGCACCCCGAUCCCGAAUGGGCGAGUCAUGCAAAGAUGCUGCAGACCGCAAAUCUGGAGAAGGCGGAAGCUGCGCAAGGUUCAAGUUACCAGGUUGUUCAUCGGGGUGCAAUGAAAAGAAGCAGGAUCGAAGUCGCUAUCCCUGUUUUGCAAACCUCACGUGUGUCAAAUAAACACACUUCCCUAGAGGAACUUCGUGGCAUCGAGCAUUUUGUUGACAAGAUAGAUUUGAUCGAGUUGCCUAACCAGAUAAUUUCAACGCUUGGUGAUGGGAUGGCGCAGAAAUAUCUCCAUCUGAUCCAGUCUGAAGUUGCAGAUCAUCGGCUAGACGAAUGGCUGAAAAACUUCUUACAAGAUAGACUAGAGCACAUUCAAGAGGAGAAUGAGGAUGAUGAUCCGGAUCUUUUGUCUUACGUUCUGAGCUUUGUUGAGGAAUAUGCCGCAUACACCAAGCAACUCCUACCUUCGGUUCAGUCGUUUUUAGAAUCAUAUCUUGAAUCUUGGAAUGGGCGAGAUAAUCGCGAACAGGUGCUGGGAUUGCUUCGAUACCUCCCAAUCGAAGAGUACCAGUCGCUCCGUACCAGAAUUUUGUGGCCGCUGGAGGCUUCCGUAUUGGACGACUCUUGCGUUUCCAGAACAGAUUUGCUCGGAUUUUACUCCGCAUUGAUCAGUGAAUGGGGUGUCAAACUCCGAACUCAGCAUGCCAUCUCAGAGGAGUCAGCUCCUUUAACCGAAUUGAUAGGACAUGCCGAGCUUUUAGCAUCAGCGAUUCAAGAAUUUCCGCCCAUUUCCAAUGAUAAACAGACAGCUUUCAGACCAGCCAUCUGGUCUAUCCUUCAGUUCUACCAGUGCCUUGCAGACCUCUUCUCUCAUGCAUCCGAGAAUGCCAGCAUCCGACUGGCAGUCCCACCUGCCCCAUCAAUAUACGCAAUCACCUUUACACCCAUCGUCUCCGUCAUUUCCAUCCUCAGCUCUAUUCUGGCGGAAUACAAAUCCUCAUUCGAAGCCUCGCUCACCUCCAAAACCAUUAAACCAGCGAAUCCUUCGGAUCCCUUGUAUGAUUCCAAAGUCGUGGGCCAGUUCAACGGUUAUGUCAUGGACACAUGCAACCUAGUAUGGCGAAAUCGUGCCUUGAAUUCAGAGGAUCCCAAUGCCCGCGCGUGUCUUAUACCUGCAUCCAGCAUAUCGGUCUUCACCAACUAUAUCCGUGACGUUAAUGAGACGGCCAAAAGGUACGACCACAAAAGCGCUUUCCACUGCACUUUGCCCUCGAUAUUCUCUCUCAGCCACCAUGCCGCAUUUUCUAACCUCUCUGCGGCUUGCUUUUCGGAUCUGGAAAUCGAGAAGCAACUCGUGAAGGAUGGGCCCAGGUUGCGAAAGCCAGUUGCCCCGAAGGCGUUGCAGGCCCUUGAGAAGGAGGGAGGAGCAAAGAUUACUUGGCAGGAGUACCGGGUACAUAUGCUGGAUUGGCUAGAUGCAGUUGGUAGUACGGGCACGAGCGAGUUGAUGAGAAGCACUAUGAAAGCUCUGCGGAAGGAGUGA